AUGCAGCAGAUUUUGUUACUCCUAGCCCUUUCGGCUACCGUAUACUCAUUGGGUAACUUGUUGUCGUUAGGCAACAAAAGAUAUGGCAAGUUAAGAAGACUUGAAAUCUUGGAACAAAUUGCUGACCCACAUGACAUUGCUCAUUGUAAGAACUCGACUACAAAUGAUGUUGAGGAUAGAUAUGUGACUCAAAACUGGGAUCAUUUUGAUAAGGAUAACAAGGAAACCUGGCAAAAUGUAAGACAAAUAGCGUUUAAAUUGGCAAAAACUUAGUUUCCAAAGGUGAAAGAGAUUGAUGUCUCUAGAAGAUAAAGGUAGAGUAAAGACAGUUAAUAUAAAGUAUGGUAGAAUAAAGCAGAGCAAGGAAAGGUAAGGUAGGUUACAGUAAUUUAGGGAAAAAUAAGAUAGAGUAGGGUAGGAUAAGGCAGAGUCAAGUCGGGUAAGCUAAAAUGUAGUAGCUUCAAGUAGGAUACGAUAGGAUAAAGUAAGAAAAGGUAAAGUAAGAUAGGGUAGGGUAAAAUAAAAUAGAGUAGGGUAGUAUAAAGUAAAGUAAAUUAGGGUAGAGUAAGAUAAUGUAAGGUAAAGUAAGAUCGCAUAGAGUAGGGUAGGGUAAGGUAGAGUAGGGUAGGGUAGGGUAGGGUAGGGUAGGGUAGGGUAGGGUAGGGUAGGGCAGGAUAGGUUAGGGUAGGGUAGGGUAGGGUAGGGUAGGGUAGAGUAGAUUAGGGUAGGUUAGGGUAGGGUAGGGUAGGAUAAAGUAAAGAUAAGGUAGAAUAAACCAAGCCAUGGCAAAAUUUAAAUUAAAAUUUUUAAAUUUUAAACCUUUAGCACUACCAAGUCCAAAGCCGAUACCACGACAACUCGAGUGAGACUGUAUUUUUGUUGAUCGGUGGAGAAGGCACUUCUUCACCAUUGUUCGUAUGUCUCGACGAUGUGAACAUCAUGACUAUGGCAAGAGAACACAAGGCUUUAGUCAUCCAAUCGGAACACAGAUUCUUCGGACCUAAAGAACAGCUUUUGUAAGUUACUGUAACAUCAUAUUCAUGUUUUGUUACUGCACCGUAUAUAUAUGUUCUUUGACAAAAUUUUUUUUAAUUUUGAAAAUUUUUAAAAAUUAAAAAAAAGUUUUUAAAAAUGAAAAUACUGCCAUUUUUAGUAACACCACCACCGAAAACUACAAAUACUUGACUACAGAACAAGCCUUGGAGGACUUGGCCCAUCUUAUUGACCAUGUCAACCAGGAAUACAAGUUUAAAAAUCCGAAAUGGGUCGCUUUUGGUGGUUCAUAUCCAGGUAUGUCAUUGAACAUAAAAAUCAAAAAAAUUUAUUUAAAAAAUUCCGCUUUUAACAAAAAAAAAUAAUUCUUUUUUAUUUUCUUAUGCUAUCUAGUCGAAAGGCCGUAUUUUACUCAAAAACCCUAUUUUUUAAAUUUUAUUUUAGGAACAAUGGCAGCUCUGUUCAGAAUUGUCCAUCCAGACAAGACUGUUGGUAAUGUUGCCAGUUCGGCUCCAUUAUACCCAAAGGUUGACUUUUAUGGUAAGUAACUAACACCUUCCCUACUAUCUACUACCCUACCCUGCCCUGCCCUGCUGGUUUGCCUUGGCCUGUCCUGCUCGCUGUACCCGACCGCCAUGCUCUGACUUGCUCGGUCUGCUCUACGGCCACGAAAUGCCUUGUCUUGCCUUUACGCUGUUUUACUGCCAUGCCAUGUCUUGUCCUACUCUGCCGUGACAUGCCUUUGCCUGCCAUGCCCCUGUUUUGGCCUGCCCUGCUCGCUUUGCUCUACCGCCAUGCCCUACCGUACCAACGUAAUCCUGCCCUGCGGUACCUAGCGCUGCCAUUCCCGGUCCUGACGUGGCCUGACCUGCCCUUCCCGCUCUGCUCAACCCUCAUACUGCCCCCUACUAUAUCCUCUUUCUUUUUCAAAUAUGAGUUUUUCUUUUUGUAGCCUAAUUAUUUUAGAAUACGCCCAAGUGAUGGAGAAAGCCUUCAAUGAAACCUCACCUCACUGUUUGAACGACAUUGCGGCCGCUUUCAACGAACUAGAACAUAAAGGUCUUUCAGCCGAAGGUCGUCAAGAGAUUGGCAAGGCUUUCCAGUAAGUAAUAUAUUUAAAUUCGUGCUGUCUUCCAUUUACAUUUAGUUCCACUUUAAAAAACGACAGAACUUUUUUUACAUCCCAGUGGGUCUAAUUUAACACUUAUUUUACUGUCUGUAAAAGGGUAAUACAAUAACACAUCAUUUAGCAUUGAAAACUUUGAAAAAACCGACGAUUUGAACGACAUUUACACUGUAAACUUGGCCAUUUUCGACGCCUUCCAAGGAAUUGUGCAGUAUACUUAUGACGGAUUGGUAGGUUUAAUCAUAACAUUACUACUACUCAACUUUCUCUUUUAUCCAAACAGUAGGGGUAGGGUAUGGCAUAUAAUAAACAUACUAUUCUACAAUAACUAACCUAUCACACAAGCCUAACUUUUUACAUUUCCACCUUCAUAUAACCAAGAUAUGAUCAAUUUAAGACUAGAAACCUUCUAAAUAUCUCAUUUUUUCCUACCCAUUUUUCAGUACGGAUACCGAGAAACCGGUGGAAAUCAUACUGUAGAGUACGUAUGUGAAGUUAUGGCUAAAAAACAAAAAAACUUGGACAAACUGUUUGAAGUGUUCAAUGUAGCCCAUGACUUCAACGUGACUGUAGACUCAUCGUAUGCUGAAUACAUCGCCCCUUAUCUAGAUACCUCUGCUGAUGCUAGUAGGUUUGGUUCUUUUGGGUAUAGCCUUUUUAGUUUUUGGGAUUCUAAAAUGAUUCCUGUUUUAAUGUUUAGAUAAUAAGGUAUCUUAUAGUGUAAAAAGUUUGAUUUUAAAAGGAAUAGCUUUAACGUAACAACGAUUGUUUUAAAUUGUUAUAGGUGACCUGCUCAUUUUCUUAAAUCUUUUUUUUAACUAUCAUCCUUAAUAUAACACUCAUACCUUUAACUAAAACCAUCUAACAUCAUUUCAAAAUGUAAUUCUCAAUGAAAAACUGCUUUUAACUUUACUAUAUUAACCAUAACAUUGCUAUCUUAUCCAUGACCCUUGUAGAAGUAGGAAUUAUUGAUAUGCGUGGAUGGAUGUGGUUGAGUUGCUACGAAUGGGGAUGGUUACAAACUACUACAAACAGUAAAACAUUUGGCAACACCGUGCCAAUUCAGUAUGUUUCAAUUUUUAUCAUUUCGGGCCAUUUUCUUCGAUUAUUCGGUUCUGCAGGCUGCGGGAGACAUGUUAUACGAUGAUUCUUAUAUUUCGGUUUUUAAAUAUAAACAUCAGUUACAAACUGAAGAAUAGUAAAAAUAUAUUUUAAAAUAGUAGUAAAAUACGUCUUUCCCACAAACGUUUUUUAAAAAAAUUUCAGUUUCUACUACAAGAUCUGCGAAGACAUGUUCGGCAAAGAAGUCAACGCCAACUUGGUCGAUUCCCGAAUUCAACAAACUUUGAAAAGCUACGGAUACCCGGAGAACUUCAACGCAACUAAUGUUGUAUUACCAAAUGGUUCGUUUGACCCAUGGAGCAUCAUUUCCAGUUUCGUUACCAACAACAAAACCCAUACCUACUCGGUUGUUACUGAAGGUAAGUUUCCGCUCAUUUUUCAAAUUUUUUACUCAAUAUGAAGCGUAAAAAAGCUAAAUAUUGUUAAAAAUGUCAUUUUCUAGCACCCUUCAGGCUUACCAUCCAAAAGUUUUAAAUUUCCAGAAAAGGUUGAGUCCCGCCACGAAAACCUUGAAUUCAGGAAAUUUACAAAAUAUAUCAUUUUUCGUACUUUACAACGUAAAAAUGCAUAAUAAUAUGCGUUUGUGUAAAAUUGUAAAAUAAUUAAAAAUUGGGUCUCACAACGAAAACCCUGAAUUUAAGCAAGUUCUUAAAAAAAGUCAUUUUUUCGUGUUUUACAAUUUAAAAAAGCAUAAUAAUGAGUGUUUUUCGUAAAAUAAUUUUAGCGGUGAUAAGUUAUACCAGUGAUAACACAAAAACUUCAUUUUCCGAAAAAACAUUUUGGGUCCCACCACGAAAACCUGAUUUAAAACAAACCAACACGUACAAUUCGUAUUUUACAAAGCCCGAUACAUUUCUGUCUCCUUAAACAUUCACUAAAAAAACUUACAGGAGCCGCCCACUGCCACGACAUGUAUCCACCGUACGAGAACGAGCCAGCCGGUUUGAACACGACCCGAGCCUUUAUCGAGGAGAAAGUUCGCGAAUUCUUGAAGACUUCAUCAUCCUUCUCUUUGAACACAUCCGUUUUUACUGUUGUUUUGGCUUACAUUGUAAUGACUUUUGCUUAA